AUGUUCCCCGCUGCAUCCUUGUUGACAAUCAUCUUCCUGGCUUUGUCAAUCGCGGGAUCGCCCGUUGAAAUCGACAAUUCCCCCAUCACCCUCCCCAUUGCCAGGAGGCUAAACGUCUCCGAUGGUCCCAUUAACCUCUUGCAACAGGAUAAAGCUCGCUUGACUGCCUUCAAGGACAACUCCUUCAGCACGCAGGGCGGCCGUACUGGUAGCACUCCUGUGACCAAUGCUGCUGUAACAUACCUCAUAGAAGUUGGCAUCGGCAGCCCCGCCACAACCUACAACUUGAUUGUCGACACUGGCAGCUCGAACACAUGGGUUGGUGCCAACACCAAAUAUGUGAAGACCAAGACCAGCGUCGACACCGGCGAGCCUGUAGCGGUCACCUACGGUUCUGGCUCCUUCUCUGGAACGGAGUACAUCGACACCAUCACUCUCGGUAGUGGGCUGACCAUCGCCGCGCAGUCGAUCGGUGUUGCUUCUACUUCGACGGGCUUCACCGAUGUUGACGGUAUCCUUGGCAUCGGGCCUGUAGACUUGACAAACGACACUUUGAUAAAUGAACCGACCAAGACGAUCCCGACUGUCACUGAUAAUCUGUAUAGCCAAGGCACCAUUUCUCAAAAGGUGGUUGGCAUCUCUUUCGAGCCCACCACUUCGAAGACAGUCACCAAUGGAGGGCUCACCUUCGGUGGAACUGAUGCUACCAAGUACACCGGCUCCAUUGGGUACACUCCUAUCACUACGACCUACCCUUCAUCGACCUAUUGGGGUAUCAACCAGAGCAUCUCCUACGGCUCCACGACGAUCAUGUCCUCCACGGCUGGAAUCGUCGAUACUGGAACCACCUUUGUUUACAUUGCCAGCGAUGCCUACGCCAAGUACCAGUCUGCAACCGGUGGUACUCCGGAUACGGCGACUGGUCUUCUCCUCAUUUCCUCUUCCCAGUACAAAGCCCUGAAGAACCUGAACUUCCAUAUUGGCAGCGAAACCUACGCUCUGACGCCUAAUGCCCAAAUUUGGCCUCGUUCUCUCAACUCUUACGUUGGUGGUAGUAGCAACGCCAUAUAUCUCAUGGUCAGUGACAUUGGUACGCCCAGUGGCUCGGGGUUCGACUUUGUCAACGGCUACACAUUCCUCGAGCGCUUCUACUUUGUGUUCGAUGCCGCCAACUCCCGCGUUGGUUUUGCUGAAACCUCGUACACUGGUGCCACCACCAACUAA